AUGUGGACAGGUCUCAUUCGUCGCUUUUCUUCCGAGGGCAGGCUGGCUGGGGAAUCGGAACCGUCUUUUCAAGGAUCGCAGGACCAAGAUGGAAUCAGCGGCGUGUUCAACCCAACGGUGAGGCGACCGAGCCCGUUUCGACCGCCGCCCCUCGACCCGCUCGUUCUUCAGGGGUAUCGAGACAGCACCACCGGUUCUGCCAGGUUGCUGAGCACUGUCUUGGCCGAGGAGAUUCGUGCCAUGGUCCCAGAGCGAUUGCGAAUCGUCGAGGACUGGCAGCUUCUCUACAGCCUCGAGCAGGACGGUGCCAGCCUAUCCACAUUGUAUCAAAAGUGCCGGCAUUUCGACGGCCGUAGGGUGGGCUUCGUCAUCGUUGUCAAGGACCAAGAGGGCGGGUACGCCACGGUAUGGGUGAGAGCAGAUCUUUGGCGCCUAUCUUUCCGAACUUCCCCAUCCAGCCCCGAGUUUCUUUGGCAACGGGGAGUGCUUUCUCUGGCGCGCAUCGACCAUCACAUCCCUUCCGCUACCACCCUCGGCAGAUACGACAAUGCCGACGCACAGUCCGUCGCUGGCACCUACGAAGUCCAGGUCGGCGCCGGGGAGCGUGGUCUCAAUGACUUUUUCAUAAACUGCGAGACCGGCUUCCUCAGUGUCGGCGCCGGGGGUGGCCAUUACGGCCUGUGGCUCGAUGACUCGCUUGAAGUUGGCCACAGCUCCCGUUGCGAGACGUUUGGUAACGAAGCCCUCAGCGACGCGGGCGAAAAAUUCGGCGUCCUGGGCGUUGAACUUUGGGUGCUGGGCGCCUGA